AUUGGUUAGUAGGCCUACAGUAAUGAAGAGGUUAUUGGCUCGCGCGCUCGAGUCGCUCGAGCUCACACUGUGUUGUUGCUACGUGUACACUUUGUACACUUCAUUCACUUCAGAGCAGGAGGAUAGUUGACAAAUGCAGAAAAUGAACCUGACAUGUUUUUUAUGUACUCUGUUUGUAUUGACAUUUGCAUCGAACUGCCACGGACUCAUAGCUGCAGUGGAUGAGGUCGGUAAGUCGGAGGUGAAUCAAACCAAGGAUCAGUGGACAGACUUCUGGGUGGUGCGAUUGUUCUUCAAUAUUGUUGGCUACGCUUCAGUGAUUUUUCCAGCCUGGAUUGUGAUCAAGUACAUUCGCUCAAGUGGAUACCUAGAAAAAGGAGGUCAUGGUUGUGUCUACAGUGUCAUUAAGUCAUGUGUAGAGGGUGCAGAAGCUGAUGUAAACUUGGAUGCUGGGGGACAAUCAUCUGCAAAACCAAGGAUUCCACGAGCGAUCACACUACUGCUUUGUGUUGCCGGAUUACAAGGAUCAUACUUAACGUGGGGCGUGCUUCAAGAAAGAAUCAUGGCGCACGAAUAUGGUAAAGACGACAACAAUCCUGGGGAGAAGUUCAAGAACUCGCAAUUCCUUGUCUUUAUGAACCGUAUCCUGGCACUGUUGACCGCAUUUCUGAUCAUGACAUUCACAUGGCAACCACGUCAUACCACGCCCCUCUACCGCUAUUCCUACUGCUCCCUCUCCAACAUUAUGAGUAGCUGGUGUCAGUAUGAGGCGUUGAAAUUUGUUAGUUUUCCGACGCAAGUCCUGGCAAAAGCAUCGAAAAUCAUUCCAGUAAUGUUGAUGGGAAAAGUUGUCUCAAAUAAGACAUACGAGUUCUAUGAAUACAUCACUGCAGGAAUGAUCUCGGUGGGGGUGACAAUCUUUCUGCUGUCUCAAGGAGGGGAAAGCAAAGGCUCUGCUGUAACGACAGCCUCCGGAGUCGUGAUUCUAAUGGGGUACAUGGUGUUCGAUAGCUUCACAUCUAAUUGGCAAGCGGAGCUUUUCAGUAAGCAUAAGAUGUCUAGUAUACAAGCAAUGUUUGGCGUUAACCUCUUCUCGUGCAUAUUCACGAGUUGGUCUUUAAUAGAACAGGGCGGUUUCCUUGAAGCCUCCGGAUUCAUACUAAAAUACAGUACAUUCGCGUACCAUGUCCUCUUGCUAUCAAUAUGCUCCGCUACGGGCCAAUUGUUUAUAUUCUACACGAUAUCUCAGUUUGGCGCUGUGAUAUUUACAAUCAUCAUGACAACAAGACAAGGUCUCGCGAUCCUGUUGUCGUGCAUGAUCUAUGGACAUCCUGUAUCAUUCCUCGGCUUUCUUGGAAUCUGUAUAGUCUUCAUUGCUUUGUUUCUUAAGAUAUAUGCUAAAUCUAGAAUGCAUAAGAAACCAGAUACUGCAGCUUCAGAACCCAUGAUUGGACCAAAUAAGGUUUGAUGUUUAAACACCUGGUUCAACACCUCUUUCAGGUUGCGAAUUAUUUUCAGAUCCUCAAUCUUGAGACAACCCAAGGCUUAUAUUGCAUAGCUGGCAGUUGUUGUGAUGCUGCAAUCCUGAAAGUCUGCACCCAUCAGAGGCCAACCAUUAAGCAUACUGCCUGUAGAUACCUCAAAAUAGUAAUCUCAUACUUUGAAAGUGCUUCACAAAGAGCCUUAAUUGGAAAGCUAGAUAUUUCAAGCUAUAAAAAGUAUUUUCGCAAAAUCAGGCAUUGGUGUAUAGGCCUUUAUCGUUAAAUGAACUGCAUUCUAAGCAGUAAAAUAUUGAAGGAUUGAAGGCAAUUAAUAACCAGCACACUUUGGUUGGAACUGGGUUUGAGACUGGCUAUCAGAUCCAUUUUUAUCAGAGUAAUAUUAUUUAGACCCAACAUUUUAAUUUAUACAGUAAUUUUUGAUGCUAUUGACAUUCGUAUUGCAGUAUGGAACUGUAUGUUUUCAAAGGCCUACUUGCUUAAAAAAAAAAGGUUUACAUCUUCCCCUUGCGCAUCCAUUUUUCUCUUCCCCAAAUUUUUAUUUUUUUAUUUCCUUUAUUUAAAAAGUGUGCUCAUUCUCCUUUUUUUUCAAAAUAUUAGGAUGAGAAACUAUUUUUUUUUACUUAACCUUAGGUCAAAAAGCACAACUUUUCAAUUUUUUGACUAUUUUUAUCCUAUUAAGUAUUUUGGUCAAGAGUAAUCUGGCAACCUUGAGAAAAGUAUUUGGACACCCAAAUUUGGAUCACAACCCAUAGUUUUAGAACAAGAAGCUUAAACGUAACCAUUAAUUCUGUAAGUAUUUCAGAAUUAUCAUUAAAUUGUAAUAAUGAAUUUAAGACUUUAUAUAUUUACCGAUUUUGAAUAAUGUUCCUUGGAGUUUGGUUUUUAUGCUUUUCAGUGGGUCUUAGGGGUAAUUACCAUGCUAAAACAGUGUAUAUAUUCCUAUUACAGUACAUUCAUUAUUUAUUAUUUUAUCAACCAAUUACACUAGAAACAAGCAAAUUUGUAGUAGUAAUUAUUCCGAAGAUAUUGUUAUUAAAAAUUUGACUUUGUGUAAUAUCUGGCCUAAUAUUUACUGUAUGUACAAUUCUAUUGGGUUACAUACUUUUUUGCGUGUUAAAAUAUAUUUAACUGGUUUAUUUUUAAUUUUAUUAUUCUCAUGGUUUAGUAUUUACUGUAUCUGGUAAAACAGUAUAUCAUUUAACUGGGUUUAACUGAUUGAUUUUAGGUGUAUUAUUUAACAGGAUAGUGUUAACAGUAAUAAUUAGCUGGUUUAUUAUAUAUCUACUUUAAAAUAUUGUAUUUUAAAUACUUUUUAUAAAGUUAAUUAUCGUUAUUACCACCUGCAUUUAUUUAAUAAAACUAGUGUUAAAAUAUAUUUAACUGGUUUAUUUUAAUUUUAUUAUUCUUGUGGUUUAGUAUUUACUGUAUCUGGUAAAACAGUAUAUCAUUUAACUGGGUUUAACUGAUUGAUUUUAAGUGUAUUAUUUAACAGGAUAAUGUUAACAGUAAUAAUUAGCUGGUUGAUUUUAUAACUAGUUUAAAAUAUUGUAUUUUAAAUACUUUUUAUAAAGUAAAUUAUUGUUAUUACCACCUGCAUUUAUGUGUAAUAUAUUUAAUAAAACUUGCUUUUUUUAUUUUUAUGAUCUAACUUAACAUCUCCCCAUUGCACUUUGACAUUUUUACUAUAGUUUCAUUUGUGUAUUUAACAUUGAAUGAAAAAAUGUAAUUUAUUGGGUUUUUUUUUCCAUGUGUUUAAUGUUAUACUGCACUCGUCCCACUUUUUAAAACAAUAGUAGAUGCUGUAAUAGGUAAUGUUAUGCUAGUUAUGUAAACAGCUUUAUCGUAUACUGACUGACUCAGAAAGAGUCUCAUGAAAAUAGACUAAUUAUAUCUUAGCAGAGUAGCUCAGUUGACAGGCAGGUGUCAGUACCCACUAGAUAUGUGCUUAAGCAAGUAAAAUUGAUUCAUGGCUUCUAUCCAAGUUUCGAAUAUACUUCUAUACCUUCAAUAAAUUUAUGAAAUUUUGUAUUUACUAAGGCAUUUCAGAUGGUAAUCUUCAACUACUUAUGGCAAUCUACGUACUUAAAUAUUUAAGGUCAUUGUGUGUGUUUGUAUAUUUUUAAGUAAUUUGUUUUAUAAAUUUGGUUAUACACAGCCUGGCUUGGGAAUUAGAUGAAUAUAGUUUGAAUAUAGAUUUCCCUCACAAUCUAUUUGCUUUGUACAAAUAAAUAUAUACAUCAUA